CUGCCUGCAUCACAUCCAUUCCUCAAACUAUCGCCUCACUCCUCCUCCCACCCGUUCCAUGGAGACCAUAAACACCACCAUCCCUUCCUGCACCAUCGACGACUUCACCUUCCUCGACCACGACCUUGCAAUUCGACAAUUCUGCCCCGCUCGCCUCCAGCAACAUCAUCACGAAGAACGAGAAUCACCCGGCUCCUGGUUUGAAACCAAUAAUAUCACCCAUAACAUGGAAGAACAACAACAACAACAACAACAACAACAGGGAUUUCUCUCAAUGAUAUGGGAGGAAGACCACCACGACUCUCGCCGUUACCACGACCAUUACACCACCUCUGCCAACCCUGAGGUGGAUGACUUCGUGGCUAGCUUCAUUAAUGUGGAUCCCCGCCAACCAGACAAACAUAUCACUCACCAUCAUCUUCAUUUCCAAGGCACUACGGAGACCUUCGGUGUCACGUUCGAUCGAGAUCAUGACCUAGAGAUGGAGGGUUGCUCCAAUUUCAAGGACCUACUAGCACUCCCCUACGAGCAAGAACAUGAACAAGAACAAGAUCCGUUCGUUGUAGCAACAACGAUGAGUUCCCCUGAUCAUAAGGGUGAGCCAGUGGAUCAAGGUCUUCAGUUGGUCCACUUGCUACUGGCCUGCGCCGAGGCAGUUGGCUGCCGUGACACUCACCUAGCUCAAUCCUUGCUCUCCCAAAUCUGGGGAUCAGCAAAUCCAUGGGGGGAUUCCUUACAGCGAGUCUCCCACUGCUUUGCCACGGGACUCCAGUCCCGUUUGUCCCUCCUGCUCCACAACGUCAACGCCAACGGCACCUUCGCCAACGGUGGCGCCGCCAACGACGCAUCGCCGGCCACCUCAGAUGAGAGAAUCGAAGCCUUCCACCUCCUCCACCAGACCACUCCUUACGUCGCCUUCGGGUUCAUGGCCGCAAACGAAGCCAUCUCACAGGCAGCUCAGGGAAAAGAAUUCCUUCACAUCAUCGACCUGGGUAUGUUCCACACCCUUCAAUGGCCUUCACUCCUCAGAACCCUCGCUUCCAGAGCAGAAGGACCACCGAAGAAAAUCAAAAUCACAGGAUUGACCAACAAUCCAGGGGAUCGAAAAUCAAUCAUGGAAUUGGAUUCCAGGAUGAAAUCCCUAACCAUCGAGGCACAAUCCCUCGGAAUCCCCGAAUUUGAAUUCAACAUAAUAUCCGACUCUGUCUCCCCUGCCCUCUUCACUCCAGAAAAGAUGGGUCUAGAAACAGGGGAAGCUCUGUUCGUCAACAGUGUGCUGAAUCUCCACAAGUUCGUUAAAGAAAGCAGAGGCUCUCUCAAAGCAAUCCUUCAGGCGAUCAAGAAAUUGGGUCCCACACUGCUUACAGUCGUCGAGCAAGACGCCAACCACAAUGGACCCUUCUUUCUGGGGAGGUUCCUGGAGUCUCUGCAUUACUACUCUGCCAUUUUCGAUUCCCUAGAGGCGAGUUUGCAGCGGAGCAGCGUGCAGAGGGUGAAGAUGGAGAUGUACCAUUUCGCGGAGGAGAUUAAGAACAUUGUGGCCUAUGAGGGUUCGGAUCGCGUCGAGAGGCACGAGCGGGCGGAUCAAUGGCGGAGGCAGCUGGGGAGAGCUGGGUUCCAGGCGGUGGGGUUGAAGUGUAUGAGUCAAGCGAGGAUGAUGCUUUCGGUUUACGGGUGCGAUGGGUAUACUCUGGCGAGCGAGAAAGGUUUCUUGCUUUUGGGUUGGAAAGGUAGGCCGAUUAUGCUGGCUUCAGCUUGGCAGGUUCAUCCUCAUAGUGCUUCUUCAGCUGGUUCCUCGUCGUAGUUCUUCCUUCAUUCUUGUUUCUGUCAUGUCAAAAAAACUAAAAAUUCUUUUUUCUUCAUAUGUUUGGAUGAUUUAUUGUAUGGGUAAUGCAAUAAGAUCGGACUUGCCAUUGUUUUCAGGAUUCUGCUUUGAUGUUCUGACAUGGUGGAAAGCCUGCAAAUUGACUCUUUAGAAUGAAUGAUAAAUAUCUUG